AUGGGGAUUGAGGUGCAUCAGGACGACUCCGGGAUCACGCUUCGACAGACCGCUUAUGCCAAGCGCGUCGUUGAGCUGGCUGGGCUCCCCGACUGCAACUCAGCUCUCACUCUGAUGGAGGAAAGGCUGAAGCUGAGCCGCGACAGCACAAUGGAGGAGGUGGACGCUACGCAAUACCGGCGUCUUGUGGGGAGCCUUCACUACCUCACCCACACACGGCCGGACUUAGCAUUCUUCGUCGGCUAUGUUAGUCGGUUCAUGCAGCGACUGACGACGGAGCACCAGCAGGCUAUGAAGAGGAUCAUCCGCUACGUUGCGGGGACUCUCGACCAUGGUCUCUACUACCCGAGGUGUUCUGGGGAGGCACACUUCGUCGGGUACAACGACAGCGACCACGCCGACGACAUCGACACCAGCAAGAGCACGAGCGGCACCCUCUUCUUCCUCGGCAAGUGCCUCGUUAGCUGGCGGUCUGUCAAGCAGCAGGUGCACUACGCCAAAACAGCAAAUAGGAGCAAGCAAUCUGAGACAAGCCUCUAA